CGUCCAGUGGGUGGCGGUAGUAGUUUUGCUGGUUGGACCUCGUCAGCUGUAGUCGCUUCUGUUCUCAGAAAUCUGACAUUAAAACAUUGCGUCAAUUUUUUCUUCUCUGCAGCUUCUCCAUCAAAUCUCUUGAUAUAAUGAAAGACGUGAAACAGCAGCAGCAGCAGACGCUCAUAGAGUGAUCUGGGUGUGUGUGUAUGUUUAUCCAACUGACCACGACCUCAGCAUGCCCAUCCCUCCUCCUCCUCCACCACCAGGGGGCCCUCCUCCUCCCCCCACCUUCAGCCAGGCCAACACUGCUCAUCCCAAGCUGAACCGAGAGGAGGCCAGAGGUCGUGGUGCCCUGCUGUCCGACAUCUGUAAAGGCACCAAGCUGAAAAAGGUGGCGGUGGUGAACGACCGUAGUGCGCCGUUGCUCGACAGUAAGAGCCCAGCAACAGCACCAAGCACAGACCACCCUUACAUUCGUUUAUACCAGUAUUUAAACCAACAACAGAGCCAGCCCAAACUGCAGGGGGUGCUGUCUGAAGAGCAGAAGAAGCUGAGCAACGAUAAGAACCCUUCCGUAUCACUAGAGCAGCCAAAAGGAGGCGGAGCAGGGACCAAUGGCAGUGGAGCGGGAAGCCCAUCAGGGGCUGCUCCACCAAUUGGAGGGCUGUUUCAGAGCGGAAUUCCCAAAUUGCGUCCAGUUGGAGAUGGACCUACCGGGCGCUCGCCAUCUACCCGUGGUUCUGCACCGCGCCCUCCCAGCCAUCGCCAUGAUGAAGCAGAUGGUCCCUGCUCCCAGGCCUCAUCGCCAACAGACACAGCUCGGUCCCAGAGACCCUCGCUCCCCAACCUCACCUCAUCCACCUCCACCUCCUCGCCCUCCUCUGCAGCCUCCUCCCCCUCCGCCAGCAUGAAGCACUCCUCUUCUGCCCCUCCACCCCCUCCUUCUCUGUGUCGCCGUGGCAAUGCCCCCUCCCCACCUUUAUCCUACAACAGAGAGAAACCUCUCCCUCCAACCCCGAACAACACACCGCCCCUUCCUGCCAAACCUCCCCCAUCACCUGGCAACAACAGAAGACCUCUGACCUCUGGAGGAAACCCUACCUCCUCUUCGUCUACUACUACUUCUGCUUCCCUGGCCCCUCCCCCUCCUCCUUACCGCAUCUUUAAUGAUCAGUCCUGUGGUGAGGUUGCACCUGAGCUUCCACAGCGUCAUAAUUCCCUUAGCCACAAGAGGGCGGCCCCCUCACCAGGAGGCCACACCCCCACAAGAGGCCCAGCACCUCCUCCCCCUCCUGCCUCACCAGUUCCAUCACAGCAGGGAGGCAACACAGGGAUGCCGCUGGUUAGAGAGCCGCUGGGAAGAGGAGCAGCUCCUCCGGUUCCGAUCCAGGCCUCAUCUCGGCCCAUCAGCAGAGAAGCUCCACCUCCACCUCCUUACAGGACACACGGUAGCCCCUCCUUGUCCUCUGACCCCCCUGCUCGAGGGAAACCCCCUCCCCCACCUUCGCGAUCCCCCGGUGGGCCUCCCCCACCUCCCCCUCCUCUACGCAAUGGACACUCCUCCAUCCCUCGUUCAUUUGUUGAUGAUUUUGAGUCCAAAUAUUCGUUUCAUCCUAUGGACGACUUCCCGCCUCCGGAUGAGUACAGACACUUCACCAAGAUCUACCCCAGCAAGGCCAACAGAGUGAUGAGGGGGGCGCCACCUCUGCCACCAGUCGGAAGGUGAACCUUGAAUUCCACAUCUGGAUCAUGAUGGAGAAACACGCAUGAGCACACACACAUCACACACACACUUUUGACACACGCAGUUUCCAGCCACGCCAUCCUCUACGCCUCCCAUCGCCAUUUCCUCAGUCGCCACACCCACAUGGCUCAGGAUUGGUCUGAUAUCAUGAUGGGCAAAUGAGCGAGACAAUCCAGGAGCAUCCAAAGCCCCGGUUUCCAGGACUACAGAGGAGGAGGGGCAUGUCGACCUGAGGCCAGGAAUCCAGACCAUCCUGAGCUGGAACGUUCAGAGCAGGCCUCUGGUGUUUUCUGCUGAUUUUUUUUGGGGGGGGACUGACUGUGGAGAUGAUCUGAAGCAGCCCUGAGACUUUUGACCCGUGAAGGCUUAAAGAGCUGGAAGACUUUGACCAGAAACUUUUAGCCACAUGACCGCAGAGUCAGCAUCAUUUGGAAACAUCUGGAAAACUUCAGUAAAACCUCUUCCUGAAGCCAACAUCCGAAAACAAAUUUAUUGGAAUGUUUGAAGAAAUUAAAUUUAUCACAGUUGGGGAGAGAGUCAAAUUUAUUAAAUAUUUUCCAA